AGCGAUGACCUGAGUCUUCACUGAGGGAGAUGCCAAAGCCAUGGCACAAAUUCUCAACCUGAACAACCUACCCGCGGCGACCAGAGCCGAAUCCAAUGGCCUCCGACUAUCCUACGCCACCCGCAAUAAAAACGACAACCAGCAGUGGACUUCUCUUCAGCGAAAGCUCAACUGUAACGGCAGGUUUUCUUGCCUCUUCUCAGAUAAUCGCAGAGAGGAACAGGCUAGGAAAGCACUAGAAAGUGCACUUGGCGGAAAGAAGAAUGAAUUUGAGAAAUGGAACAAAGAAAUAAAAAAGCGAGAGGAGGUGGGAGGAGGAGGAGGAGAUACUGGGGGAGGAGGUUGGUUUGGCUGGGGAGGGCGAUUUGGUUGGUCUAAUGGUGACCAUUUCUGGCAAGAAGCACAACAGACAUGUCUCGCUGUCUUAGGGAUUUUGAUCAUGUAUCUCAUAGUUGCGAAAGGUGAACUGAUGCUUGCUGUCGUCUUCAAUCCAUUGCUGUAUUGUUUACGAGGAAUAAGAAAUGGAUUCAGUAUGAUUACAUCAAGAAUCCAGAGAAAGUCAUCACUGGAUAUCCCUGCUCAUCUUGCUGAUAUGUCCAGGAAAGAAGUCUACAGCAGUGUUUCAGCCAAAGAGAGAGUUUUAAGGAAAUGGGGAAAUGAGUGAGAGCUUUAUUUUUAGUUUAGAGAUUAAUUCACCGGCUUGUAAUGUGUUAAUUGCUGUUGUACCCCAUGCUUUUUGGCCUUUCAUGUGAAGAAACUAGGGAUCAAACUUCUGUUGAGCAACUUAUUGAGCAACAGUAACGAAAAAUUUUCAUUGAUGGGAUCAUGGAAUAUCAAUAUUUCAUAGUUACUUGAUUCUUUUAAGUC